CUUUCUAGACACCUAAUGCACAGCAGAGCGACAGAUCCACUUACCCGCUUUUUUUUUUGUAUGUUCAAUUGUUCAUAUUUGUUUAUCGAUCCAAGGCAUGCUGCAGCAGCAAAAGACUGUUAUACGAACUUCAAAAUCUAUACCUUUGUAUAUUAUAAUUAUUGCGCCUUGCCGUUCCUACAACCUGUGGUGGUCAACGGCAAGAAUCGCGAAUGUUAAGAACAGAGCAGGUGACUCGAUGUAUAUGUAUAUAAUAUGUAGAUAUUUCACGAAAAUAAUAUGCGUACUAGGUAUUACAAGGUAAUAUAAUUGACAACAACUUAUAAUAUUAAUAAGGGUGCGAGACACGUUUACAAAAUUCAAUUAAUAAUUAUUUACGUAUAUAAAGAAACAAACUCACAUCCUUGCGAAAGUAUACGCCAAUACAAACUAGUUAUAUGAUAAUUAAUACAAAUAAUACAAAAUAUGUGUAGUCCGACUGUGAUCAGUGCAGCGGACCACUGACAUCCACUAUAAUCAACACACAAUAAGGAAACAACGAACUGGCUUGUUCGAUGACCUCGUACUCGGUACUCCUGUGUCCUUGUCCUGGCUGGUUGGCGUCAAUUUGAUUGCCCCCGACAAUGGACAGACCGCUGUUCACAAAUGUAUAUCACUUAUUCACUACCAAGUUCAUUACACGUACGAUAGCGAAAAAACGAUCACAAUAGGUCAAUAGCCCUGCUCGGGAAAGACGGAGAACGGAAACAGGCAACGGCGUCACCGGCCAAGUUUAUCCGUUGCGAAAAGACAGCCUAGUCGGCGUUGACCGGCUCGUAUUAUGGCAAAUAAUCAGCACCCUGAGAGAGAGGAAGGGGGGAGAAGCUUCCAGGCUACCUCAGCGUCUAACUUUUUUUCUCGUUUAAGCUGCGUCCACACUAAAGCAUGUGUGCUCAUGGUGUGCGUUAUACAGUGUGGACGGUAUGUCGAGCACACACAAGCGUUUUCGACAUACGGCGAACGCGAGCCGAUGUGCUCGGCUCGCGUUCGUUGUGCGUCGUGAAUCUUGAUAAUCUCCAUAACCCUUCGUUUAUUGACACUUGACAGUAUAGACGCGAAUGUUGUUGCGAUUGCGAGUGACGCUUCAUAUACGUUUUUAUUUAAUUUUUCAAAACGGAAUGGAAUAAUGAAUCAUGUUUAAAUUUUAUUCAACAUUAUCAACUCCACCCAGUGCUUUGGAACCCGAAAAAUAAUAAUUAUUUUUCUAAAACAAAAAAAAACGAAGCGUGGGAAAUUAUUGCCAAAAAUUUAAACAGGGACGUCUAAGACGUUAAGAAAAAAAGCCAAAGUUUGUUGGGUUCUUAUUGGCGUGAAAAAUCCAAAGGUAAAAAAACUAUGGGAACUGGUACAGCAAGAAAAGACGUUUAUAAUUCUAAAUGGUUUGCCUUUGAAGCGUUUGCCUUUUUGCAUGACCGAGAUGAACCCAGGCCAACUAUCAACACAGAAAACGAAUCCGAAGACGAAAGAUAACUAUUGUGAAAUGUCGUCUUCGCAAGGAAACUCCACCCCUAAAGAUUCUCAAACCAUUGUAUCGAUCAUGAAUGAUUUAGGAAUACGUGAAUAUGAACAACAAGUCUUAAACCACCUGCUGGAAUUUAACUACAGAUACACAUCACUCAUUCUGGAAGAAGCUAAGGCUUGCUCGAAAUUUGCUGAUAAGGAUAAAAUUGACGCUGGUGAUGUCAAAAUGGCAAUUCAAAUGGCCCAAGAUGGUACAUUUCUUAAACCUCCUGCACGUGAUGAAUUAUUGAAAGCGAGUAAUGAAUUAAACAAAAAACCUCUGCCUCCAAUAAAGCCUGCUAGUGGGUUAAGAAUUCCUCAAGAUGGUUCAAGUUUCUUACAAGCGAAUUACAGGCUCAAAACUGAUUUGAAUAACAAAAGAAAUGUAUUGAAGAAAAACACUAAAAUAACAGCUGCGGAAAUGUUGAAUGCAACUAGACAGACCGAAGCUGUCGAUUAUCUGAAGAUGGAUGAUUCAAGUGAUUCAGACAUAGAUGAAGUUGUUGAAAAUCAGCAGUACAAUGAAGACAAUUUCAAUGAUUUCAAUUUAGAUUCCUUAUUACAGGACCCUAAUUCAUUAUCAUUUUAAACAUAUACUGUUGAAAAAUAACAGUUUUUAUUGAUUUCAACUAUACUUAUUUACUAA